AUGGAACUUUUAAAUAUAGGCAAACAUUGCGCCAACCCUAACUGCAAACAAUUAGACUAUCUCCCCGUUAAGUGUCAAUAUUGUAAAAAAGAUUUUUGUGCUGAACAUUCAAAACCUAUUGAACAUAACUGCAAUGAGGCACCUAGCGGAGACGGUGAGCGAGUUCCCAUUUGUCCCUUGUGUGAUACACCUGUCCCAGUUAAAAGAGGCGAAGAUCCUAAUGUUAGAAUGGACCAACAUAUAGCAAACGGUUGUCGUCCACCAGCCAAAACUACUUCAACAAAGCCAUUCAAUGCAUGUUCUUUUGGCAAAUGCAAAGAAAGAGUUGCUGUUCGUCUGCUGUGUUCGGAAUGUGGCAAGAAUUAUUGUAUAAAACAUCGUUUAGGACCUGAUCAUAUGUGUGAUAAAGUGAAAAUAGAUAAUAAAGUAAACAACUUUUCAUCCAUUAUAACAUCAAGGAAUUCUCCUAUCAAGACCUGGGUUGGAAAGAUGUUCAAAUAG